CUCCACAAAGACGACACGCCAACUGUCUCCUCCACCAAACGUUUCGCUUCAUGACUUUGGAAUUACUAUGCGGUGUUUCGCCAGGAUUUUGCUGUUAUUCCUGUGCCUGGUCGUCAUUGGCGACUGUCGGAGACAAAAAAGCAGAAAAAAACGAUGGUCGACGGAAAAUCACACCUUGGGCACUCCAAAGUCAAAGAAGGCUGCAGAUGGAACCAAAAAUCGGAAGGUGAAGAGCAGCCACAUUCUGCAGAUUGAUGAUCAUGACUUCACCAUGAGACCUGCAUUUGCAGGUCCAGCUGUUCCUGUUGGUGUCGAUGUUCAGGUUGAGAGCUUGGAUAGCAUAUCAGAAGUAGAUAUGGAUUUCACUAUGACCCUGUAUCUGAGGCAUUACUGGAAGGAUGAGAGAUUGGCCUUCCCCAGUUCCACCAACAAGAGCAUGACCUUUGAUGGGCGCCUGGUGAAAAAAAUUUGGGUGCCAGAUGUGUUUUUUGUCCACUCCAAGAGGUCUUUCAUUCAUGACACCACGACUGAGAACAUCAUGCUGCGGGUUUUCCCUGAUGGUCACGUCCUGUAUAGCCUAAGGGUUACAGUGACUGCUGCAUGCAACAUGGAUUUUAGUCGUUUCCCUUUGGAUUCACAGACAUGUACAUUGGAGCUGGAGAGUUAUGCUUACACAGACGAGGACCUGAUGCUGUAUUGGAAGAGCGGUGAUGAGUCCCUAAGUACUGAUGACAGGAUUUCUCUGUCUCAAUUCCUCAUCCAGAAGUUUCAUACAACCUCCAGAUUAGCUUUCUACAGCAGCACAGGCUGGUACAACCGCCUCUACAUCAACUUUACAUUGCGGCGUCACAUCUUCUUUUUCCUGCUGCAGACCUACUUUCCUGCCACUCUCAUGGUCAUGCUGUCCUGGGUGUCCUUCUGGAUUGACCGCAGGGCCGUCCCUGCUCGAGUAUCAUUAGGUAUAACAACAGUGCUGACCAUGUCCACUAUCAUCACUGGGGUCAAUGCCUCCAUGCCCAGGGUCUCCUACAUCAAAGCAGUGGAUAUUUACCUCUGGGUCAGUUUUGUCUUCGUCUUUCUGUCCGUCCUUCAAUACGCGGCCGUCAACUAUCUGACCACAGUCAGAGACGGUAAAGACAGAAAGCUCCGGGAAACAGCGCGAGAACAGCAGACACUUCCCUGCACCUGUGGCAUGCCCCAUGCAAAGACAAUGAUGAUGGAUGGGGCGUACAGCGAGGCAGAUGCCAACAGCCUGGCAGGCUACACCAGGGCUUCUAUGGCAGCUGAGGACACACAAGACAAACAUGAGCAGAUGAUGGUGCAUCUUUCUCUGGACGAGUCUACACUAACCAAGAGGAAGAGUAGCCGCAAUUUUCGGAUAAUCCAGAACACCCACGCCAUUGACACCUACUCUCGCUUCAUCUUUCCUGGUGCCUACACCCUUUUUAACCUUAUAUAUUGGUGUGUGUACUGCUGAAAGACUUAUACUAGAUUUUUCCACUUGCAGUAUGUUCAAUUCAUCCAGCAAGACAACUGAAGAAAAUGAUGUUACCACUGAAAAUCAUUUUAAUUCUGGUUAAACCCUUAAAAUCUACUGGAUUUUUUGCAUAAGUCUGUAGAAAAUAAAUAUAUAUAAUAAAUAAAAAAAUAAGAACAAAACAAUAAAAUUUCAA